ACAAAUCUGACUACACGGCGUGUAUCUAGUUAUAUACAUAUAUAUAUAUCUUCAAUCAGUGGGAAUCAGGCAUAUUUUGGUAGAGCGUUCUAUUCGAAUGGAGUUUAGUUCUAACCAGUUUGAAAUCCUAAUAAAUUUGGCGGACGAAAGAGCUCGCGAUACGGGACAGAGUAUUAAUGAUUCUCCCAAGACAAGGGAGUUCCCGGAAUUCGGUUUCCCGAAUGCUGAUGUACUGACCCAUAGCCUAAGACGUUUCACCAAGCUUCCAUCUGUCCCUGAUGUUAGAGAAGAAGAUGCACCACAAAAUCGACAUGAGAAUACAGUUGGAAACAACGUGCGAGUUGUGAACGGAUCGGAUAUUGGUGAUAUUCCCAUUGAAUAUCGAAUCGAGGCACUAGCGGAUUUCGAGCUCCCUGUCAAAGGCUUCUAUGUGGACAAACGUAUUAUCCCUGGCUUCCAAUACACCGUUCGUUUUAACGGCACACAGACAUGGCUAUUCAAUGGCGAGCCUCGUUUACUGAAGAGUGUUGGAAUGGGAUACGGCAAACGUCUGACUUUCGCCGGGGAAAGUCCAACAGACAGCAUCUGCUUUUGGUCCGACAGCUGUGAAGAUGGAUAUGCUUUUGCUGUCCAUGCCGUAGAGGAGGGCGAUGAAUUCGUGAUCUGUGAUGAAAGGCUUCGUCCUCUUGGACGAGCCCAUAUUGAAUCUCUACUCCUCCCUCAGCGGGAAAUUAGCACGUUUACUACAGGGGGCGACGUCACCAUGCGCGUGAAGGUAGUCGUGUCGGUGGUUGCCGAGUAUAAUCUCGAGCGUCAUGGAAUGCUCCCUUUAGUCAGUGGCGAGACGGCCGUGGCGGAGGGCGUUGCAAUUGUGAUGAAAAAACGCAAGCAGCGAAAUGCCAUGACUGUUAGAAUUGAACAGGUUGUGCUUCCAAAAGUCGGCCCAUGUUCACUCUGCAAAGAACUUUAAACAUUUGAACGAUUUAUACGAAUUCUGAUGUGCUAAAUCCGAACAAAUCCAUUGAUAGCGCGUAGGCCUAUACAUGGCAUAUUGGGGUCAUUUUGUCCGCUUUUAUUGAGCGCUCUUGCAUUUAAAAUAUAUAUUGUAUAUCGUUUGUUUGUUUUUUUUUAAUUACAACUAUAUGCAUUAUAUUCCAGUCCUGUUUGAGAUAUUUUUGGUUUUUGUUUUAUGAAUAAAUAUAUUUUGAGCAACGAA